UGUCGAUACAAUUCAUUCCUGCUGUCUCGUAUACGGCAUCUGCAGAGCUGGACGUUACUGUCUCGGCCUCCUGCCGUAGCUUUCCCCUCAAAAAGCUCACCAACAUCAUGGAUCGUCACAAUUCAUCAGUGGUACUAAAUAGGAGAGGUUUUGCUCCCUUGCUUGUCUCUGAUCACGCCUCCAAGACGUCGCCCAACUCUCCUCUCGCGAACACCGUACACGAUCGCAGAACAUUUUUUCAUAGGGUCAAAUAACAAUGGCUUCAGGAACGCAUCCUGCGGAGCCCGGACAUUGGUUCCUGCGAGGGGUACAGUCCGCAUGCUUCUACUACAUUUCACUCACGCCAUGCCUAGAAUUUCAACACAAACGCAAAAGAAAACAGGAGGCUAGAGCGGCAAAGGCACCGCAGACGGAUAUAGUAACCACACAACCAAGACCCGUGACCCAGCCCAGAGCCUUCGAGACCAAUGAAGCGUGGGCGUAUGAGUUAAUGCUGGGCCCUGGUCCGCCAAAAGGUUGGAAGGGCGAUACACUAUUGCGGAAAUAUCAGAAGCACAUGGCGAAGAAGGCGAAAGAGUCAGACGAGACCGAAGCAGAGGCGGAGCCUGACCAUCCACGGCUACAAUCGCAGCCUACAAUGUCAUCACAAGUGUCCACACAACCUACGUUAUCCUCAACACGACCGCCUCCCAGUGCAACCGCGACCACAGUGUCUGACACACAAAGCACGAGUGACAAAGCAUCCAAUGCCCCAAGUAGGCCUUUCAAGGAGCGGCACCUGUCAAGUGCGUACGGAUAUAUCAAAGACUCUCUGAUUGUAAAUCUGCAUCCCGAAGGAUGGAACUGGAAAAAGUACAACCGUGAGGAUGAAGAUUUGUUUGGGUUUGGCGCAAAGAUGAAAGGAUUGUGGAAUCGUGCAGUAUCAAGUGCUCAUAACGAGGGUAGUGGAGGCCAGGUCUCGACCCAGCAGCGAAAAAGAGCCGAAACCACAACCAGCGAAGGCUAUGAUUAUCAGAGAGGUAGAAACCCAGAAGUCAACGACUUACACCCUCCUAUAGUGUCCCAACUACCAGCCACAAGUGCCGACGCUCGCUGGAUGCUACUGGGUCCACCAUCAGGCGACGUGAUGAUGGGUAGGAAACAAGCGACAGAGGAACCAGAAUGGCGAUGGCCAAUGGCACUCCUUGGCGGGACAAAGGCACGCACCUUCUUUGACGAGGACUACGAAGAGCCUCCCUUGAGGAUGACACGAUCAGUCCAGCAGCUGGACGCAGUGGGUGUUGACAAAGACACCGCAAGUAUGCAAAGCAUCAUCAGCGACAUGGACGAAGCCUGCAGCCUCGAUGAGGGUGAUGAAGAGGGCCCAGAAGUCACCAGUAUAACGAGAGUCAAGCAUAUGUCGGAUCCUGUCAUCAGGCCACCUCCUGUUCACCCACGCCCAUCUGUCGUGGAUGACCUAUUUGUCCUGAAAAGGAGAGGAAGUUGGCAAUUUCACUAUAUUGUUCCUAACAAACCGACCGUCUGGUGAAAAUCCAGGUCACGAGUCAACACUCCAAAGCAAGUCAUUCUUGCAUGGCUUGUGAAUCCUUUGACAACGACACGAGCUGCUUCCAGCAGACUGGGCUAUUCGAAAGAUUCUUGAUUUGUUUUUGGUCACUAUGAGAUUGAUGAUUGAAUGAAUUUGCCAUAUUUGCAGCAAGGAGUUUGGGCCAUUGUAGAAGCGUUUCAGGGUGUUUGAAAUCGGCAUUUAUACAGUCAGCAUGCAUUCAGCGGUCUCAGGAGCAUGAGAAGCCGUAUACAGAUGGAUCGAUUCACCAGGGGGAAUGUUCAGGGUCACUGAGAAGGAGUACAAGGAGAGAAUCGGGGUGUGGUCAUAUAGAUGUGUCCUCACCUACGAGUAUAGUACAUACUCCGUACGGAGUACCUAGACAGGUAUUCACUUUUGUCCAAA